AGUCAAACCAUAAUGGCGACUGCUGGGACAGCAGACUCGGGAUCAACAGCCCCGACAGGGACCAGCAGCAUCCGAAAAAUGGCCCCUUCAGAGAUACCUGGCUCUUCAGGCACAACUCAGAGUAUGAAGAAGACUAUUGGACACCGGGGCGUUGAGACCACCACAGGAGAGACCACCUAUAAAAAGACCACGUCAUCUGCCCUAAAAGGUGCAAUCCAAUUGGGCAUCGCUCAUACGGUUGGCAGCUUAAGCCAAAAGGCGGAGAGGGAUGUUCUCAUGCAGGACUUUGUGGUGGUCGAAAGCAUCUUCUUUCCAGGUGAAGGCAGUAACCUGACACCUGCUCAUCACUACAGUGACUUUCGCUUUAAGACCUACGCUCCCAUUGCCUUUCGUUACUUCAGGGAACUGUUUGGCAUUCGACCAGAUGACUAUCUGUAUUCUCUGUGUAACGAGCCACUGAUCGAGCUGUCUAAUCCCGGAGCCAGCGGAUCUCUCUUCUACGUCUCCAGUGAUGACGAGUUUAUCAUCAAGACUGUUCAACACAAGGAGGCUGAGUUCCUCCAGAAACUCCUACCUGGAUACUUCAUGAAUAUAAACCAAAACAAGCGCACUCUGCUGCCCAAGUUCUACGGCCUGUAUUGUGUUCAGGCAGGGGGUAAGAAUAUCCGUAUUGUAGUGAUGAACAAUCUUCUGCCUCGGAUCAUCCCCAUGCACCUCAAAUACGACCUGAAGGGCUCCACCUAUAAGAGACGAGCCUCCCCUAAGGAGAGAGAAAAGGCUGUUCCCACUUACAAAGACCUGGACUUUAUCCAGGACUUGCCCGACGGCCUGCUGCUGGAAGCGGACAACUUCAAUGCUCUGUGCAAGACAAUACAGAGGGACUGCUUGCUCUUACAGAGUUUCAAGAUCAUGGAUUACAGUCUGCUGAUGGGCAUCCACAACAUGGACCAGGCUAGUCGAGAGCGGGAGCGUGCUGGAGGCAAUUCGGGGGACAGUGGUGGAUCAGAGGGAGCCGUGACUCCAGAUCAGCGCCGGCCACAAGCCCAGAAAAGUCUGUACUGUACAGCCAUGGAGUCCAUCCAGGGGGAGGCCCGAGGGAAGGGAGCUUUAGAUUCAGAAGACCACAUGGGUGGCAUUCCAGGUCGUAAUACUAAAGGAGAGAGGUUGCUGAUCUACAUCGGCAUCAUCGACAUUCUCCAGUCCUACAGGUUUAUUAAGAAGUUGGAGCACUCCUGGAAGGCCUUGGUCCAUGAUGGGGACACAGUUUCAGUUCACAGACCUGGCUUCUAUGCAGAGCGUUUCCAGCAAUUCAUGUGCAGCACAGUGUUUAAGAAAAUUCCAUUAAAACCAUCACCAUCUAAGAAGAGUCGUGGUGGAGGUCCGGGAGGGCUUCGAAGGGCCCCCACCCUGGGAGCUCCAACCCCGCUCUCCCACGCAACAGGACAGUCUAUCGACUCCAGACUGGUGUACCACAGCCACUUUAAAAGCACAGAGUCAGAGGCUGACAGUGGCGUGCAGUCAGGCAGACCCGAUCUUGUUCCGAGGACCCCUCCACUGGUGGACAACCCUGCUGACUGUGAGGCCAACCUGUCCACCUCAUCACUAGGCAGCACAGGAGUUGCCUCCACCUCUCCUCCCCUGCGUUCUGUAGGAGUGGAAGUGCACAAAUCAGCAAACAUGGAUCAUGACCAGGGUGUUUCCCACAGUUUUGGGGCAGAAGUGGCUGAAGACAAUUCUGGCAACCUCUCUGGAAACGAAGAUGUAGUUUCACUAUCAGACAUCGUCCCCGAGACCAACAUCUGUUUUUAAAAAACAGACUUAGUGCCAUCUAUGGUUGAGGCGCUUCUGGACAACAUGAGGUGGGUGGAAGUAAGGAUGAAGAGAGUGAAAGUCUCCACCGCGGACCCCCCGUUGCACCUAUGUUGUUUUCUCACCCAUACACAUAGUAUAUACAGGGAUCGCUGGAUGAAGCAACGAGGUGCAAUGGAGGUGGUGACAGUGAGGAAAACAAUGAUGGGAAGAUCAAGAAGACAGUGUGCGGUAGGCCUCAGACCUUCCCAGCCACCAACAAAGUCACUGUGCAUGCACAUUUUGUCCACACCUUUUCCCAAAGCCUUGACAUCUUUCAUGAACACCUGGAAAAAAAGGUGCACGACCCUGAAUUGAAAACUCUUUACUAACCGCGGCAGCAUUAAAUUGAUCAAAAAAGGAUUUUCCUUAAUUUUCACAACUCGUCUGUCUGCUGCAACGUCAUAAUAACCAAAAUAAUUUGUUGUAUAUUAUAAAAAGUCACCAGUGGAUAGUGAAGGCAGUCAAAUUCUCCAUGAAGAGUCAGUCCUUGUGCCCACUUUUCACAGCAUGAAGAGAUGUGAGUGGGCACAGACAGCAUUUCAGCAGGAACACACACACACACACACUUAAGAGCACAUGGAGGGCAUGGCCUGCAAUUGUAGGAGUGAAUGCUUUCCUGUGUGCUCAUGCACAGUCUAAGUGGGUUCACAUUUCUGUGACUCACGCACUAGUGUUCCUGUUCCCGCACAUCCAUUUCCCCUCAGUACGCCUCAUGAGCAGGGGGAACUCUGAGCUAUCAGUGGUCAUUGUUCAAAAUCAACACUCGCUGCUGUCGACUCUGCAAUCACGUAUGCAUUUCUUUUUACUGAUUGUGGAUGUGCAGUAUUUGUUUGAAGUCAGAUUUGGAAACACUGAAGGAAUGGGUUGAACCAGACCUCUACGGUAAUUUUGUUCCAUGUUUGGUAAUAAGUUAUUCUGCUGGAAACCACGGUGGUGCUGCAAAGGUCCAACUAGAUCUUGCCACUGCUGAAUGUACAUUACAAUGUUCUUCUUAUAUAGAAUGUGUCUUAUUAACAUGGCGGACCACAUUUUAUAUAACCCUAAAAAUCUCCCCCUCUGAUGUGACCAUAUGUGCUGAAAUAUAAAUGAAUUCAGAGAGAAGAGCUGUCGGCAGCAUUGCUGGCCCGGUAGAUGCUGUUAAGUGAAGUCAUGGUAUGAAGUUAAUAGAACAGUAACAUUCAAGCUACUGUCUGUCAUGUCUGUGCCUUUACAUGUUUCUCCCCUAACAUGAUGUAUAACUGACAUUUUUUUACAGGUUAGUCUUGUAGUCACACAGAAACCUGCCUUAUCACUACAGCUGAAGUCGUGAAACUGCCAUUUGUAUGUCUGGACCAACCAAUCAGUUGUCAGGGUUUAAAAGAAUUUCAGAUUUUAAUACAAACACUAAUGCAAUCCCUUUUGUUUAUAUGCAUGUCAUGUGAUCAAUCACCUUGGUUCAUCAGCUCAGCUAAAUCUUGUAACUGACAUCAGACGAAACAGAUAUCUGUCUCUUAGUAUUCAUUUCUGCUGGUUACAGAAAUGAAACCCACCCACAUCCACUCUUGGACCAAUAUUACUAAACAUAAAAUUAUUUUUUGUGAAUUGUUUUUUUUUUUUUGUAUGUACUCUUACUAAUCUUUUACUUGGCGGGUUCAUAGAAAUUAAGCCGUGUUUUCACAAAAUGUUUUGUGUUUAUCUUGUUGUUUAGGGCACUAAACAAGCCACCGAUCAUGCUUGGCUGAAAGCCCUACCCCCCCAUGAGAUAUAGAAAUUUGAACCACAACCAGGUUGAAGUGUUGCAGAACUCAAGAUCUUAGAUGUCAUCUCAUUUAAUGGAUUACUGUUAAUGUUUGUUGAGCACAUGUGGUCUGUGCAGCAGAGAGGGAGAAGGGGAAAUGUGAGUUAUGAAUAUAGAAAAGGAGGACAAUUACUCAUGUUCAUCAAUGCACAGUUGAGGAUUCAGGACUGGGCCUUUUGUAUUAUAAGCCAAUCGCAGCACCAAAGAAAAGAGAAGGGAGUUCCUGUGAGUGUUCAGGAUCCAGUACAGUUGAUAUGAAAAUGAAAUGAGACACUCCUGGACACCUGCAUGGACUGUUGUAAAUGGUAAUAACACUGGGUUGACCUGUGUUUUAAGGAUCUAUUAUUAAACUGGAUGUUUUUUGCUAAAUAAUUUCAUGUCUGAUAGGAUGUAUCUGACAUAAACCUAGUCCCUGUAAAGAUUUAUUUUUCUUUAUCAAACAAUUAUUUUACUUUGGUCUGGCCUGAGACAUUUCAAGAGGUAACUCCACAUUCCUGUCUAAAGUUUGAUUUACUGCAAUUGUGGUAGCUCUUAGAACCCAUUAUUUACCACCUUUUUGUAGUUGGAAAAAUGUACUUGAAAUUGAUUACUUUUGAUAUACUGAAAUGUAAAAUACUGAUUAUUUCAAACAGAUCAGUUUAAAGUUGUAUUUAUUUGGUUGAGAGUCAAACAGCCACCAAAGAAAAACACUCCAAGAAAAUCUGAUUUGAAAAAAACAAACAAAAAAAAAACCAGAUUUUAUUUUG